AUGAACAUCUGGAAGGCAAAAGUGCUCACUGAAGUACCAUUCGGACAUGUGCUCAUCGUGAGCGGACGCGUGAAGCCUCACCCCAAUAAAAUCUCGCUGGAUCUCACGGACAACAUAAAUGCCCAAAAUGAGAGUGAGACGGUGUUUCUCAAAAUCGAAGCCAACUUCCGAGAAGGUCAGAUCAUACGCAGCAUGUUUCAGCCGGGCGAGGGCUGGCAGCAGGAGGAGAUCUCUAAGAACUGGAAAUGCGAUGGACCCAAGAAUCCUUUGGUGCCCGGUCAAAGCUUUAGCUUUCGGGUGGCCGUGCUGCAGCGCUGCUUUGAGAUCUAUGUGAAUGAUCAGCUCUACGGCUCCUUCGAGUUCGUCAAGUUCCCCAAGCAAAUCAAUUUUGUGCGCGCCUAUGGAGAUUUUGAGAAGAUAACACAAUUUCACCAUCGCAUGCUCUUCCCAUUGGUCUUUCCGCGCAGUCUCAUGUGUGCCGAACGUGUUGCUUUCCAGAGUGAUGUGCCGCGGCGGUAUGAGACCGGCACUGUGGUGGCAAUGGAGUGCAUUGCCAAAGGACCUCCAACCACAGAGUUCUCGAUUUGCUUCCAAUGCAACGAUACCGGACGCAUGGUGUUCAAGUUCCAUGUGGACUUCAAUAAGACAACUGUAUCGCGCAGCUACCAGAGGGAGGAUAAUAGCUUUGCCAGCGACGAUGAGGAAACCGAGGGGGAGUUUCCCUUUGUGCGCGGAAAACUUUUCAAAAUUGCUUUCGGCAUUGGCGAUCGUGCUUUCAUUAUCGCGGUUAAUGGCCUAUAUUUCACCUACUAUAACUUCCCCUUACGCCCCUUCUCCAUUUCGUCGCUCAAGUGCUUCACCAACGAUGUGGGCGACUUCUCUGUGAGGAAUAUUGAGUAUCACUCGGAUUCUCCGCUUUUGGCACGUGUCGAGAAACUGUCAAUCAUCUAAAUGUGUUCAUCACUCCCCCUUAAGAGGGAACU